AUGGCUCCAAGUUACGGAAGUAUCCAUCGAUAUCUGUUACGAACAGUUGCUAGUCUGGGUGUGAUAUCUGUGCAAGAAGCUAAGAAAGCUUUAAAGAAUAUUGUUCACGAAAAUGAAGAAGUUUCCAUUCCAGAAUUAGUGAAUCAAAUUAAUAAAGAAAUCAAGAAUAUAAAGCAAGUUCUCAAAAUUACACAUGAUGAAACAAGUGGAGAGGAUGUGAUUGUAUUUAUAUCGCUUGGAUUUGACGAGGCUACUAAAUCCCAAAAUCUAUUUCCUGCUUCAGAAUUGGAGUACUUCAGAGUUCUUAUUGAACAGAUUAUGUCAACGGAGAAUCGUCAGAUCACUGGGAUCUAUGCUUUAAAUUUGGUUGGUAAUAUGAAGUCAGCAUACACAAAAACAGCUGCUCAGAAAAUAUUGGACACAUGGUGCAGAAUGAGGUAUUUAGAAAAAGAAGACAGAAAUUACGUACUUGGAGUGAGGACAAUUCAGGAGUUUGAUGGUUACCUAAGAGAGAACAUGCCAGACGCUAUUGAUGAAUGUUGCUUGUGCAAACAAAUUGUUUUUAGGGGUUAUAACUGCAUUAGUUGUGGGAAAGCUGUACACACUCGAUGUCUAAAUAAAUACACAGAAAGAAUGCAGAAAUGGCCUUGUUGCAAGAUUGACUACAGCCCGGACCAAUUGGAAAGGAUGUUGUCUCAAAGUUCCAGAUUAUCACAGAGUCAGCUAGUACCAGCUCCGCAGGAUGAAACCGAUGAUACAGGAAUGUCAUACGAGAAUUCAGACGAACUGACACAAGAGAUCCCAAGCCAAGAUAUAAUACCAGAAAUCUCUCAGCGCGUAUCGAGGAAACGUAAGAGAAUUAAUAGUUGA